AUGUCUCGCCCGCCCGCCGGGCUUGCCUCCUUCCUGCAACCCCUCCAGCUCUCCGAGGCAACGGUCUACGAUCUCGCCUACCGCUGGUCGACCGCGUAUCGCUCGCUCUUCCACGAGUCCUCGGCGCAGUUCCUGCCCACGCCCAUCACCUCGCUGCCGACCGGCCAUGAGACAGGCCGCUAUCUCGCCGUGUAUGUGGGCGUGUCGUACCUGCGGAUCGCGUUCAUCGAACUCUCUGGAACAGAACAAACAAAGGGCAGGGGAUCGCCAUCGUCAUCGUCAUCGUCAUCGUCAUCGUCAUCGUCAUCACCACUGUCUCGGCUCCGCGCUGGUUGUGGCCCCCGCGUCAAACGUACGCUUGAAAAGGCAUGGUCGAUUGAUACCGAGCUGAAACAGGGUCAUCCGGAGGAUCUGUUUAUGUGGAUCGGUGAUCGGAUUGCGGACGUGGUCAGCGACUCGGUUCGGCCGCUGCGGGCGGAGGAUUGGCCGGCAGAGGUGGUGAUGGGGAUAUCAUUCUGCUUCCCUUUGAUGCAAAAUUCCCCCGAUGAAGCCAUUCUCGCCCCCACAGGCAAAGGAUUCACGCUCUCCUCCAAUCUCAAUCUGAGACAAGCUCUACUGGAUGGAUACGAGAGGCAUACUCGCCGGGAGACUGACGACGACGGCGGCGACGACGAUGACAGUAGUAGUGGUGGUGGUGGUGGUGGUGGUGGUGAUGACCAAGCCCCUAAAAAUGAAACUCAACUCCCCCCGCUGCGUAUCACCGCCAUGGCCAACGACACGGUUGCCAUCUUCCUAUCGCUUGCGUACUCGAUUAGCGCGCUGCCCAACUCGCGUGUCGUCAUGGGCCUCAUGGUCGGUGGGGGGUGCAAUGCCAGCGUACAUAUGCGGAUUUCCGAUCUACACCGGGCAAAAGUCAAGCAUAUCCUUGCGCAAAAUCCGGCCGCGACGCAUGUCCUUGUCAGCACCGAGUGGAGUCUGGCGGACUCGACGCCGCCCCUGCGUGACCUGCGGCUCGUCACGAAAUGGGAUGCUCUGCUUGAUGCCCGUUCUGCCCGUCCGGGAUUCCAGACCUUCGAGUACAUGGUUGCAGGCCACUAUCUCGGCGAGCUAGUCCGCCUGAUCACGUACGAUUACUUUGUCAAUGUGCUCGGUGUGGCGAGGGAGGAGAUGCCCUCAGUGCUUCUGGAGGAACAUGCGCUGACGACCGAGUUCCUCUCUGUGGUGGUCGCUCCGGUGCGUGCGGAUGCAGAACUAACCGCGGCGCUGGAGCGCGAGAUCCCUUCGCCUGCCUCGUCGAGAAGGCGGUCCUUUUGGACGCCCGCGCAUUCGAACGCGUUACGCACGAUCGCCCAUGUGGUCCAGAUCCGGUCGGCGGCUCUCGUGGCUGCGGCGACGGUCGGGCUGCUAGCCGCAACGCAGGAGAUCCGGCUGUCACCGCCAGCCGAGAGUAGCAGCAGUGAGAAUCACUUUCAGCCGGGAGAGCCAGCCCCGCUUGUCUCGGACACGACUUGGCGCCAGGGACCCGAAGAGCUGGUGGUCGCGUUCUGCGGAGGUGUGAUCCAACACUACCCGGGCUACAAGGAGACGGUGCAGAGGUAUCUGGACCGCCUGAUUCUGCGCGGGCCGCAGCACGGCGGACAGAGCAUCUUCAUGCGCGAAGCCAGCGAUGGCGGGAUCGUCGGCGUGGGCGUCCUCGCCGGGACGGUGGAGGGCCGCAUCGAGGGGAUCGUAGGAUCGACAUUAACGAGAUUUAUGAAAUGA